CUGUGCUCUAGGUCGAGCACGGUCGAAAUGCGGAUGAACAUGAAAAAAUAAUUGUAAUGUUUGAACACACAGCAUUUACAAAAAAAUAAAUAAAAAUCAUAAUAUAAUGAUUAUCAGGUCACACUUUGCAGUAUUAUUAUACUGAAAUCUACUAAAUUAUUUGAGUAAUAAUUUAUUGUACCAUCUGUCAUGUCUUCAGGACCAGCGAAGUGUAUUGUUCGUUAUGUGUUUUAUUUAUGGGACAUUCUGCGUAGCGCUGAAUGGAUUUGUGUUUUAAAAUAAGUUUUACUUUUUAUAAUCUGUCAGCAGUUAACGUCGCCAAGAGAGGCAUGAGGGCGCUCUACGUGGUGACGAGCCUGGCUGCUCUGCUGCUCGCGCUCGUAUUCCAGCCACAAGGCACGCUGCUGCUGAUCGCCAUGACCUUCGUGUUCCUGAUCGUCGCGGGCGUCUGCAUCAACGCACCCUGGAGGGACACGCAGUACCGCUACCCCAAGCCCGCCCCCGGGCUCGAGGCUAUGAGGAAAUACCUCACGGGCUCGGAACCGCGAGCGGAGAAGCCCCCCCGGCUGCCGGUGAUCUACGGCCGCAUGGUGGACGGCAUCCUGCAGCAGCUGAUGGACCUGGCGCUGCGAGACUACGUGGGCCGGCCGCUGGACGCGCUGGGGUUCCGCUCCGAGGACGUCCUGUGCCACGUCAGGUCGGACGUCUGGCAGCUGACGCAGCAGCUGCAGCUGCGACUGGCGCGCGUGGACAAGGUGAAGCUGAUGGCGGAGGACCUGGUGAACAAGGUGACGCAGCACCUGGAGCGCGUGCGGCUGGGGCAGGCGCUGGCCUCCGCCCAGGGUCGCGACGCCCCCGACUACCGGCUGUCCCCCCACCUGGCCUCGCCGGCGGCGGAGCGUGACUACUUGCGCCGCCUGGUGGAGCGAGCCGUGCCGCUGCUGUUCCCGCGCCCCUACGCGGCCGUGCCCGCCGUGGCCGUGCUGCUGCGCGAGAUCCUGGUCUGCAAGCUGUUCUACCCGGCCAUCCAGCUGCUCACGGACCCCGACUUCAUCAACCAGAAGAUAGUGUCGCUGAUCCAGCAGCAGACGCGCGGUGACGCGGCGCUCAGGAAGCCCUGGGCGCGCUCCUCCACCUUCGACGACCUCGUGCAGAUGAUCAAGUCCUCCAGGGACCUCGACCAAGUGCAGCACACCAGAGGGCACGGCGAGACGGCCAGUGCUCGCACGCACGACGUGGUCCCCGAGACGACGCAGGCCAGCAGUGAGCGCCACAGCGACAGCGACCGUGUCAACUGCAUCAAGGAAGCGGAGGCUGAAAGGCCCUUCGAGGGAGACAAGUUCAACUUCUUCAAGGGGCGACAGCUGAAGCGGUACCUCAGCCAGCUGACGCAGGCCAAGGGCUCCGCGGACAAGCGCCCGCGGUCCGGGCGGGGGUCCCGGUACCCGGUGGAGGAGGCGGUGGAGGCCAGCACCAUGAUAUCCGGCGAGGACGUGGUGUCGCUGCGGAGCGUGCUGGCGAGCGUGGUGCGCCGACGCUUCCUGGCGCAGUUCCUGGAGCAGGCGGGCAGCCAGUCGCUGCUGGGCUUCUGGGCGGCGGUGGAGGAGCUGGCCGCCUCGGACCGCAGCAGCUGGCACCAGCUGGGGGCCGAGAUAUUCUACACCUACGUCAACACCCCGUCCCCCGACGUGCAGGUCGACAAGCCCACGCUGAAGAGGAUGGAGGGCUUCCUGCUGGGCGACAGCGGGCCGGAGGUGUUCUACGAGGUGCGGGAGUCGGUGGUGCGGCAGCUGGAGGAGCUAUACCCCUCCUUCGCCCGGCACCCCCUCUACCAGCAGAUGGAGGCGGCGCUGGACGGCGACCGCAGCUCGCUUCCCCCAGGCGAGGGCGAGGCGGUGGGGGCGGCGGCGGAGGGCCCGGCGGAGCCCUCGGACGAGCCGGAGCUGGACGGCCUGGAUCACUCAAACUACGCCGCCACCAAGCUGUGCCGGCUGCAGGAGCGGCUCUGCAACAAGACCCAGGCGCUGCAAGCUCUGCGCACGGCCCUCAAGCCGGACUCGCGCGUGCUCAGCGUGCUGGAGAAGGAGGUGGAGCGCCUGGAGGGGGAGAGGCGGCAGCUCGAGGCACACUUGUCGCGCACCGAGGAGUGGGGGGAGCACCUCGGCCAGUGGCGAGCCUCCGUGCAGUCUGCCGAGCUGUGCGAGGACAGGGAGUGCCCCCAGUUCGUGCUGGUGGUGCACGUGGUGGAGGACGAGAGCGACGCGGAGGCCGUGUCCACGGGCUGGGUCGUGCUGCGCAAGCUCUCUGACUUCCAGCUGCUGCACAAGAAGCUCUGUCAGUUGAGUUCCCGCGUCAAACAACUGGAUCUUCCUGCCCAGUCGAUCAAGUAUCGUUUUGGAAAGCAAGCUGUGAAGACUGCGCUGGAGAAGGCUAAGCAGCAGAUACAGACGUACCUGCAGGUGGUGUUGGAAGACGAAGGACUGAACCACAGCGAGGCGCUGUACAGGUUCCUCAGCCCGAGCUCAGAGCAUCUCAAGCAGGUCACGCUCCCGUCUCAGAAGAAGUCUGGCUUCUCGCUGGCCACGCUGUUCAAGAGCGAGGACGAGGAGGAGGUGUCGCUGCUGCUGGAGGAGGGGGAGGGGCGAGCGGCGCCGGGCGACAAGGACGGCGUGGCGGAGCCGCUCUACGGCCUGCUGGGAGAGGUGUUCGACAUGAAGGGCGUGUUCAAGUGGCUGCGGCGCACGCUCAUCACCUUCGUGCAGCUCACCUACGACCGCACCAUCAACAGGCAGGUGCACGAGACGGUGGAGUGGCUGCUGUCGGAGCAGAUGAUGUACUUCUACAUCAAGAAGUUCAUCAAGUCGUGGUGGCCCAACGGCCAGCUGGUGCACUCCCCGCCGCGGUCGCAGCAGCAGAAGGACGGCACCAGGGAGGAGGCCCGGGAGCUGCUCCUGGCCAACAUCCCGGAGGUGCUGAGCGGCCUACUGGGACAGCAGAGCGCGCGGCGAGGGGCGACCAAGGUGUUUCUCACGCUGCAGGACCAGCCACUCAACAAGCAGCUCUUCUACGACCUUCUGGAGGUGGUGCUGUACGAGCUGUGUCCCGAGAUGAAGUCACGCCCCACGGGUCGCGAGGAGGCCCCAGUAGAGCUCCCCGCCAUCGCAGAGACCACCCACACCCCGCCGCAAGUGUCCUAGACAUGCUGCUAAGUGUUCCAUGUUCCGCUGCUGUACACAUUCCAACAAGCUGUUUGUGUCUGUACAUAUAUGCUAAUAUAGAUUAUAUUACAUGUUUGCCAUUGUGCAUUUACAAGCCUCACCUGUCCCAGGAGCACGACCAAAGAGAAUAAAGUAUUAGUAUAUAUUCCAA